AUGGCGGUUGGUCCGCCCUUGGUUUAUGCUGACCAGGCUAUCUCAAUAGUCCGUAAAAAGGACUCUACAGGCUUUUCUCGUGAUGUCUGCGCAAUACUGCUUAUAGCGAACAUCACGAGAUGUUUCUUCUGGCUUGGGAAGCACUUUGAAUUCCCGCUGCUCUUGCAGUCUAUCUUGAUGAUUCUCGCCCAGUUAGCUCUGCUGUACAUUUGCAUCCACUACCGACCGCGCCUUAGUCCUGAGAAUCUCGGUGUCUCUACCAGACCUCUGUCAUUUUGGCAGUGGGGAACAUACUCACAGUACAUCGAAUUCCUUGCUGGAUACAUGUCCGUGUUUCUCUUUCCCUCGUGA